AUGGAAGAAUUUUUACAAAACCUAGGAGUAGGGUUAAGAUCUAUUGACGAUCCAUUUUUUGACGAUUCGUAUAACACUUGCAAAAUUUUUAAACGAAAAGGCGUUACUGUUGAAGAUGAUGAAGAAUUAUGUCAUGAAAUUAUAAAGGAAUUUCCUUGUCAUGUCACUGGUUGUAGAGCCACAUUUAAAACAUUAAUUGAUUUUGAAAUGCACUAUAAUAGUAAUCAUCGAUAUGUCUGUGGAGAAUGUAAAAAGUCUUUACCAAACCCUAGAUUAUUAGACAUCCAUAUUCAAGAAACUCAUGAUAGUUUUUUUCAAGUUUUAUGUAUGAAACAACCAAUGUACCAGUGUUAUGUUUCUGAGUGUGAUUUAAAGUUUAAUAAUGCAAGUGAAAGAAGAAAGCAUUGUGUCGAAGUACAUAAAUUUCCUAAGAAUUUUCGAUACAAUAAUGUCCCACAUUCUACAAAAGAUGAACCGAAAAAUGCAAUGGAUAUUGAUGAAUCUGAGCCACAAAAGAAGGAAUCGAAGGCUAAAAAGGUGCAGUUAAAUAAAAAUCAAAGAAGUAAAAUGUUUACAGGUGCAACACAGAGUACAGUGUCGGUGAAUUCUAAUGUUCAUGAAAGUCCCUCAAAUGUUGUAAAUACUAGCUCUGGGUCAUCUUCUCUAGCUUUUAUUCCUCGACAAAUACAAAAAUCAUAUACAAAAGCACUUACUAAAAAUGAAACCAAUGAAAAAGACGUUCUUCAAACAGGAUGUAUGAUGGACUUAGCAAAUUCACUACCUGAUUGA